UAAGCAGCUGGCCACUCUAGAACUUUGAUUAAAAGCCUCAAAAAAAAAAGCGGCGUGCAAGUUUUGCUGUGAAGAUUUUGAUUGAAUUUAUAUAAAUGGGUAAUAGAUUGACUAGAAUGUUUGGAAAUCGAAAUGCGGAUGAUUCCAACCAGUUUUACUUAGAAGUUCCUAAUGGCCGCAUAAUCUGUCGACGAGUGACAAUUUUCGAUGAUCAUGAUGGUUUGGUACAUCGUCAAUUUGAAAAUGUAUAUCUUUCUGGGAAUACCUUUGUGCGUGGUCGUUUUCGUGGUCUUCGAAAUGUGCCUCGUCGAGGUGUUAAUGGUACCUAUGCCCGUAGCAUUGGCAGGAGCCAUGUACGCAAUGGCAUUCAGGGAACUAACCAAAGUCGGGCCGCUGUUUCAGCUCCCGCACCCGUAGUGCGGAUACACGAUGGCAUCGAAUUCGGAUUGGAUUCCAAUGAGCAGGGAGGAAAUUUGUUUAAUGGUCGUCGCAAUGAGCAGGCAGGAAAUUCGUCCAAUGGUCGUCGCAAUCAGCAGGCAGGAAAUUCGUCCAAUGGUCGUCGCAAUCAGCAGGAAAGAAAUUCUUCCAAUGAGUUCUACCAAGCCCGUCGCGAAGCUCUUGAAGAGGUUUACAUUGAGGUGCUGUGUGCAUCGGAUGAGGAAUUCGAAGACGCCCAGGCACCUUCCUAAAACCAUCAACCAGGAUCUCUAAACUCCAGACGAAUUGGGAAUUGGAAA